GCAAUGUUUGAACUGUGGAGUGUGUGUAUUGGUCACCUAGCUUUCUUGGUUGAGAUUUGAAGUUCAAACUUCAAACCCUUUGGUCUUUAGAUUCUGAGUCUCUGCUGCUAUGGCGCCACGCGUACUUCUUGUGUUCGGGAUGUUGCUGCUAGUGUCCCUUGUUAAGGUUUCAUCUGAUCUAAAGAUAGAAGAAGAAGAAGAACUGCACUUUCCUAAUGAGCCACUUAUCGUGAGAGACGGGAACAGAAGGCUGAUGCAAGACUUAGAUUGUGGUGGGUUGUGCAAGUCUCGGUGCAGUUCUCAUUCGAGGCCCAACCUGUGCAAUAGGGCAUGUGGGACGUGCUGUGUGAGGUGCAAGUGUGUCCCACCUGGUACUUCUGGAAAUAGAGAACUCUGUGGAACAUGCUACACUGAUAUGACCACCCAUGGCAACAAGACCAAGUGCCCUUAGUUUUCAUUACAUUAUCAUCAUGCACCAAACUUUAAGUGUACUAUAAGAGUGCACUUGUGUUUUCUAUGGCCAUGUGUGUGCUAUAUUAGACUAUUAGUUAGUGUUUUAUUUAGGGUGCCUUCUACUUAAUUUGUGCUCGUAUGAUUAGUCAUGUAAACUUUGUGUCUUUGUUUGCUUGAAUAUAUAAAGUACAUUACAGUACCUUUUUAUUUCCCA